UCCUCUGUCUGCUGCAACGCCUUCAGGUCUUCUCUAUGCCAUGUUGUAUGACAGUUGUCCCAUGAGGAAUUUGUCUUCAUGAAGAUUCCUAACAUUGGUAAUGUGAUGAAUAAAUUUGAGAUCCUUGGGGUUGUAGGUGAAGGAGCCUAUGGAGUUGUACUUAAAUGCAGACACAAGGAGACGCAUGAAAUUGUGGCCAUUAAGAAAUUCAAAGACAGUGAAGAAAAUGAAGAGGUCAAAGAAACCACUUUACGAGAACUUAAAAUGCUUCGUACUUUGAAACAAGAAAACAUAGUGGAGUUAAAAGAAGCUUUCAGAAGAAGAGGAAAACUAUAUUUGGUAUUUGAAUAUGUAGAAAAAAAUAUGCUUGAAUUGCUAGAAGAAAUGCCAAAUGGAGUCCCACCUGAAAAAGUAAAAAGCUAUAUUUACCAACUAAUUAAGGCAAUUCAUUGGUGUCAUAAAAACGAUAUUGUUCAUAGAGAUAUCAAGCCAGAGAAUCUUUUAAUAAGCCACAAUGAUAUUUUGAAAUUGUGUGACUUUGGUUUUGCACGGAAUUUGUCAGAAGGAAGCAAUGCUAACUACACAGAGUAUGUGGCCACCAGGUGGUACCGUUCACCUGAACUCUUGCUUGGAGCUCCUUACGGCAAGUCUGUAGAUAUGUGGUCGGUAGGCUGUAUUCUUGGAGAACUUAGUGAUGGUCAGCCAUUGUUUCCAGGAGAAAGUGAAAUUGACCAACUUUUUACAAUUCAGAAGGUGCUAGGACCACUUCCUGCAGAGCAAAUGAAACUUUUCUACAGCAAUCCUCGUUUCCAUGGGCUGCGGUUCCCUGCCGUCAACCAUCCACAGUCUUUGGAAAGGAGAUACUUAGGAAUCUUAAGUGGUGUUUUACUUGACCUUAUGAAGAACUUGCUGAAACUGGAUCCAGGUGACAGAUACCUAACUGAGCAGUGUCUGAACCACCCCUCAUUUCAAACUCAAAGACUCUUAGAUCGUUCACCUUCACGAUCAACUAAAAGAAAACCUUAUCAUGGAGAAAGCAACACCUUAUCCAACAGAACUCAAGCUAGCAAAAGUACUGCUGUGCAGUCUCACCACAGAUCAAACAGCAAAGAUAUACAGAAUGUGGGAGUUGGAUUGCAAAGAGAAGAGGCGACAAAUGAAAGCUUUCUAAAUGGAAACCUUCCUGUAACUGCACAUAGUCCAAUGCUUUCCAAAAAGCCAAGCAAUCCACCUGGAUCUGGAAGCAAGGAUCUAGCUAAUAAUAACAUACCACAUCUUCUCAGUCCAAAAGAAGCAAAGACAAAAACUGAAUUUGAUUUUAAUGCUGAUCUGAAAACUUCAGAUGGUCCGGGUACAAAAUACCUGAAAUCAAAUUCGAGAUCUCAGCAUAACCGUCACUCAUUUAUGGAAAGUUCUCAGAGCAAAACUGGCACGCUGCAACCAGGUGAAAGGCAUAGCCGUCACAGCUAUAUUGAUACUAUUCCUCAGUCUUCGAAGAGCCCCUCAUAUCGAACAAAGUCAAAAAGUCAUGGGGCUCUGACAGAUUCCAAAUCUGUGAGUAAUCUGUCUGAGGCCAGAGUUCAAGUUGCAGACCCAAACAACAGUAGGUAUUUUCCAUCCAGCUGCUUGGACUUGAACUCUCCUACCACACCAACACCUCCUCGCCAUGCUGACAACAGAACUUUGCUCAGUCCUUCUGGAAGAAAUAACAGAAGUGACGGUACUCUGGAAUCACGACGACCAUCUACAAGACAUUCCAAAACCAUGGAGGAGUUGAAAUUACCAGAUCAUUUGGAUGGAAGCCAUUCACACUCUUUAUCGGCGCCUCAUGAAUCUUUUUCCUACGGCCUAGGUUACACAAGUCCCUUUUCUUCACAGCAGCGCCCUCAUAGACAUUCGAUGUAUGUGAGCCGGGACAGAGUGAGGACCAAGGGCUCAGAGGGUGGCUUAAGCGUAGGGCAAGGGAUGGCAGCCAGAGCAAACAGCCUGCAACUGUUAUCUCCACAGGUGCAGCAUAAGUCGCUCACAAGAUCUGUUGGCUCUUCACGUGAAGACUGUACAGAAGAUACCAAUAGGGGUGGAACGUAUCACGAUCAGCACCCAGAUGAUGGAGCAUCCACAAAAGAAAAUAGACUUCUGUACAAUGAUCCUGUACCUAGGAGAGUUGGUAGCUUUUACAGAGUCCCAUCUCCACGUCCAGAAGGAACAUUCCUAGAUAACAGUGCCUCAAAUAGAAUACCUGCACUACCAACAGAAAGCAGUAGUGUAACAAGCCACUCAAAGAGACAAACUGCUUUUGAUCCCUGGAAAAGUCCUGAAAAUGCCCAUUCUGAGCAACUAAAGGACAAAGAAAAACAAGGUUUUUUCAGGGCAAUAAAAAAGAAAAAAAAGAAAUCUCAAUCUACAGAAACCACCAAGGCGGAGAACCCAAGCAUCAAGAAAUCUCUCUUUCCUCUUUUUAAUUCAAAGAAUCACUUAAAGCAUAGCUCUUCUUUGAAAAAGAUUCCUGUAGUCCCUCUACCUAUGAUGCCUGGAAGUGACAGUCAAGAUCUUUUGGCAUUACAGAAAGCUAUUCACUCAUCUAAUCACCCAGCUAGCAGGCAGAAGGAUUGGCAUUCUGACAAGAUGACAGAAAUCCAAAGUCAUAGCCAGCCUUUAAAAUCCCUCCGCAAGCUGUUGCACCUUUCCUCCUCCUCAAAUCAUUCAAUUCCUUCUGAACCCCGAUUCCAGCCCUUACCAAGUCAGCCAGCUAAAACUUCUUUUUCUGACGUUCGAAUUCACCCUAUAAGUCAAGUUUCCACUGCUAGCAGCAGCAGCAACAUGAGGCAAGAGUCCCAGGCAAAAAGCAGAACACUCCAGAUCCCGAGCCAGAUGGAACCAAGUUGGCAUGUUUCCCCAGUGAAUAGGAGUGCCAGCGAUGGGACUUCGUAUUCUGAGCAGAUGCCUUCUAAGAGUGGGCAAAAUGGGCAUACUUAUAACCGAACAAACCGAUCUAGAAUGCCAAACCUAAAUGAUUUAAAAGAGACUGCUUUGUAAUAAUACUCUGGGAAAUGCUUUUGAAGGGAUUUACCUAGAGGUAUGGUGGUGCUGGUGGUCGUGCUAGUGACGGAAUUCUGAGCUUUAUAAAAGGUGUGCAAUAUGGAAUAUGCGGAGCUACUGUUCGGUACCACGUCAGUAGGGAUCUUACAGUGAAAUGAACUUUAUUAAUUGCCAUUCAUUUAAAUCUCAUGACAAAAGAAUGUGCACUUCAGGGAGAAUGAACUGUUUACCCUUUUCUCUCAUUUUACAUUCCAGCUUAGUGCACUUCUGUCUGAAAGCUGUAUAGGCACUUUUGGGAAUUAAAAGAAAUGUCUUUAGACCUAUGCCCUUAUAAAAAAAAUUGCUGCCUAGAUUUAAAAAAAUAAAUUUAAGUGGGGUUUAUGUGAUACACUUGUAUCCCUAAUAAGGGUUUAAAGUUCAGUUGUAUGUCUUUAUUUGUUUUUUAAACUUCCAUAUUUGAUAGGAUUUGUAAUAUUUAUUUAUGAUCUAAUAUCAUAUUGUUAUAAUCAUAUCUUAUGUUGCAGCGUAAAGUUAUUUUGAGCUAUUUAAAACAUUGUGAUGCAGUGCAAC